UUAUCCACAUCCCCCCUUCCUGGAGGAGAAAACCUCGACUCCAAAAACCCUAAUCCAAGGUGUAACUGAUCGUGCCGAUGGAUGCGUGGCUGAGAGGGAGCUCAGUCGCGAACGAUAGGCCUCGGGUACCGGGCGAAACCCGUUGUAAAUAUAGCCUUGUCUACGCAAGCGGGGCUCUGCGUAGUACUGACCCUUUAUAUCCCUAGCUACUCGUGGGAACCAUAUGUAUAGCAAUAAAUCAAAAAAAAUUAGUAAUAAAAACCAACAAAACCAAACGACCUCCUUAGAUGAGACGGCACAUGCUGAAGCACUAAGGGGGGCGAAACCAAUAAAGAGCGGGAAGGCUAAGGAGGAGCCAUCGAAGCUGGAGAGGCCGCCGAAAGCCGGGGUACCUAUCGGAACCCCAGCCCAGGUGACUAAGCCAGAGACGAUGGAGCUUUCAACAGCUGGACCCUCGACUGACAAAACGAUGGCGGCUGAGAGUGGGACGACAUCUGUUGAACCCUCGAAGCAGGUCAUAGAUCCCGGCUGGGAGAUCAGGUGCAAACCAAGAGGGAAGCCUGCCCAGACCGAAGAAGACUCACCUAUGCGGAAAAAACUUUCGCAGAGGAAGAGGCAGCGGCUCCAAAAGCGAAGAGAAGCAGAAAGCCGCUCCUCUGGAAACAAACAGGAGGUUGACGCCCCGGAGGGACAGGGCGAGGGAGCGACGACCCCUGCGGAACAAACCCAGGCAAAGAAGAAACCAGAAGGGAAAGCCAAGAGGGCACGCCUGGACGAAACCAUAUCCCCCAGAGGCGACCACAAAAAACAACGGACAGACGCCACCUCGGGGAACAGAGAACCACCCUCCUCCUAUGCGGCGGCAGCAGCGUCAGAUCUGACGGUGGCGAUUACCAAUAACCGCACGGGCAGACUGACGCAGCAAGAUGCUGCAGAGGUGGAGAAGAAGAUCGGGGACGCUAUCUUCCAAGCAGCCAUCGAAACCGAUCUGGACACCGCAGCGGAGGCCCCAGCGUUCUCAGGCAGACCCAGUUUUGUGGAUGGGUACCUGAAGCUGUGGUGCCAGGACGCGAACACCAAGGCGUGGCUGAUGAAGUGGCUGGAGUCGGCCACCCUUCAGAACGGAGACCAGCUCGUUGGAAAGAGGGAGGACGAGAUGGUCCGGAACACUAGGUGCGGUAUCCUGAUCCCGUCCCUGGAAGACAACCUCACCAAAAUAGGCAGGGUCCUCAACUUCCAGAACCCGUGGGCCAUGGUGAGGAAGUGGAAACUCCACCAGGCUAUCCCCCUGAAAAAAAAGGCCUUCUACAUCAGUUUCCAGCACGGCGGAGGACGCUUCAGAGAUUCUCCACCGGAGAAAAACGCAACAGAGGCGAACACUGACGGAGGGGAGAACAAAUCUGCAGAGGACGCGCCUGAAAAGAACACCCCCUCUGCAAUGGACACCGACUGCGCGGAACCACACACCUCAGACAUCGAGGAAGGCAUUUUGCUGGACUCUGAGGACGAGGAUGGUCUACCAAAGGGGAUCAGUCUCCUGGACCUAAAGGGAAAGGCAGCGGAAGGGAUAUCCCCAGAUGGCGCCUUCCCACUGUAA